AUGGGUAAAGAAAAGCGCUACCCUGUUAUUGGAAUAUAUCCUCAAGAGAGUGACAGCUUUCCCCAAGAAAGCUUUCCCAUGAAAAAGGUCUCAAUUCAGAGAACUAGAAGAACUCAAAGAUGUGAAAAAAGAAAAACAGAACUGAGAAUAACGAUAGUAUGGGGUCUUUCUUAUGAGAAAUGGUUUCUCACUACCACUACCAUACCAACAAUAUGA